AUGGAAAAGAAAAAAACAGGAAGAAGCAGAAAGAAAAAGUGUGUUUCAAAUGUUGAAAAAGAAAAAGAAGAAUUGAAAUGGGAGGAAAACUGUGGAACAGCUGUUCAAGAUGGCCAAAACGUAACAAAAGAAAUUCUCGAAGCAGCAGCUAAACAAAAUGAUAAUGAAUUCAAUGAUGCAACUAGAUUAUCGAACGAAGCUGAUCUUUUGCAUUCGAUGUUAACAAACAAUUAUACUGAUAAUGAUGAUCAAAUACGUCUACAGGGAAUUGAGGAAGCAAAGUUGCAUCACGAAGAACAAUAUUCUUGUUCAUCAUUUUCUAAUUGUGUUGCCAUUUUGUCAGAUGAACACAAUACAGGAAAUUUUCCACAUGGAAGAAAAGAUUUAGUGGAAAACGACAGGAUGAUUGAAGAAAUUUCUCAAGAGAGGAAUGUGACUGAAAGUAAUUCUAAAUCAAAUUUAAUCGAAAUGUAUGAUGAAGCAGAAAAUAUUAAAACUCCUGAAAUUGUGGAUCGACCGGAAACUGAAACAAUAAAUAUUGAGGAAAGUAAUAAUUCAUUGAAUGUUCAUGAUGAAUCUAUGUCAAAUCUAGCAGAAUCGCUAAUUAUUGAUGAUUUACAAGCAACUAAUCACUACACUCUAAAAACACAUAAUGUGGAAAAUAUACGUAACACAAAAGUUUCGGGAACACAAAUUUCAGAAAUACUGCAUGCAGAAACACCGGAGUUGGAUUUUUUAGCCGAUCGAAAUUCCGACAAUCCGGAGGAAGAAUUAGCAGAAAAGGAUGGAAAUUUGGAUCCCAUUGAUAAUAAAACAGAAGCUAACGUAAUCGAAAAAGUUUUCAAACAAAUAAACAACGUAAACAUUCAGCACUCGAAAACAGAUAUUGUUGUAAAUACUACAAAAACUGAAGCCAAUAUUGAAGUGAAUGAUUUUACUAUUGGCAGUCAGGACGUUGUUGAUACGGGAAACAGCAUUGUUACGGAAAAAACUGAGCAAUCUGAAUCAGAAGAAGUCAAAGAAGAGAAUGGAAACAUAGAGGAAUCUGGAAAGAAAGAAUUUGAGACGUUUGCAGAUAUGGUGAAUCUAUCAGAAUCCUGUACAUCUAUUACUGAAUUGCUGCAAGAGAAUGUUAAACCGCUUAUUUUGGAUGAAGCGAUAAGAUUAGCAGAAGAUCCUGUCUUCCAAAAUGAAAUAACCAGUGAGAUACUUGCUAGUGAUGUCAUCCAAGAGCGAAAUUCUCCGGAAAUUCCAAAAGAUAACAGUGAGCGAAUCAAUAGCAGUGAAUCAGUAACAAUUACAUGGCAAAAUGAUUCAGUGAAGGAGUCUCAUCAAACUGUAAAAAAUUUGCCAGCAGCAAAUGAAGCCAAAAUUACCUAUAGCAGAGAACUAUUGAAAGAUUCUGAAGAAUUAAAUAGUGGUGAAGUACAAUUAAAAAAUAAAUUCUACGAAGCUAUAAUCGGUUUCUGGAAGCAUACAGGAUUCAGUAAAAAACGCUCCGAAAUUCCUAUGUCAACUGGACAGCCAAUGAAUUUGUCGUCAGAUUUGAAGCAGAUGUCUUCAUUUCACUCUAGUAAAACUUCGUUAACAUCUACGGAAUCAUUGGAGGUUCCCGAAAUUUCUUCAGAAUCCACUGCGAAAGUUACGAUUCCUCAUUCUGAAGCUAAUGUUAUCUCGUCAGUCCUGGAAGACACGGCAACGGACACAAUUUAUGGCUCAUCACGAAAUUCCCUUAAUACUACAAUUACGGAAAACAUAAAUUCUGAUACCAUUUCGGAAACCUUGCAAGUAGUAACACCGGAUUCAUUGAGUAUGAUAGAUGAAAUCAUUAAGGAUUCAGAUGAUUCAUUCGAGAAAAUAGAAGAUUCAAAAAAGUGCAAAAAAGGGAAGACCGAAUCUGCGAAUUUAAGCGUUUUUGGUCAUCGG